CAACACUAACAGAAAAAACGAUCUUGUGAAAGAGAAGUCUAGAAAAAAAAUGUUAAAAUCUAAUAUUAAUUUGAAAAAUAAAAUGAAAAAAGCGUUAUUCAAAAAAGUACCUAACGAUAUUAAAUAUAAAAGUGAUAACGUAACAGUCAUUAUUGAUGUAGAAGAUUACAUCGAUGUGACUCAAUCCACAACUUUGAAUACGGAAAAAACAACAAUUUCUAUUAAAGUGACAAAUAAUAUUGAACGAAAUGAUGAAAAACAAAGUAUGAUAGAACGAUUGAUGAGAACGACAACGAAAAAUCCAACGAAGCCAAAUUCUGGUGAUCAAGGAGCUGAGUAUUCCGAAUAUUACAAUGAUAUUAAUGAUGAAGUUGAAGAGGAAAUUGAAAAAAAUCCACGUGCUCGAUCUAUUCGUCAAAGUUUUACACCAAACAACAAUAAUCCAAUAUACUUUCAACCAGAACAAUUAUUAUCCUCGAAAAGAAUGUUUCCAAAAAUUAGACCUAAUCGAAAUUUGAACGACGAUUUCUACUCAUCCGAUGAAAAUAUUCCACAAUAUCAAACCGAAAAGGAUCCUAAAUUAAAUGAUUUUCAUUUUGACGCAAAUUCAUUACUUUUACAAUCAAGUGGAGAUCAAUAUAAUUUACCGUUAGAUACAAGUGAUAAAAAUGUAUAUAACAAUUAUGGAUUGAAUUUAGGACAAGAAGAAAAUGAUUUAAAUAAUUACGGUUCAUUGUUGCAAAAGGACACGGAUAAAUAUCUUUAUCCUUUAAUCGAUAAUAAUCAAGAAUAUUUAAUGAAUAAUCAAUUUCAAUUACAUUCCGAUGAGAUUUCUACACCUGAGAUUAAUAAUAAUAAUAAUAAUAAUAAUAAUGAAGAAGAAAAUAUGUAUGAAGUAAAAAAUCCAAUAAAUAUCUAUUCGGAGCCGUACGAAAAAAGUUUCGUUUUACCAUCGGAACAACAACAAUUACAUUACGUACCGGUACAUAAAAACAACAAGUAUCUAGAAAAUCGUUUAUAUCUCGAGAAUCCUUAUAAAAAACAACAUUUCAAUAAUACAGAUACAUUAAUGGAUAUUAACGACAAUUUAUAUCACCCGUUACAUAAAAUCGUAGACACAUCGUCGUCGAAGAAACAUGUUCGGCCUGUAGAACAAUUCUUAAAUCCUGUUUAUCUUAAUUCCGAGGAAAAAUGGAAUAAGCAAGAUGAAUCUAAUGAUGUGAGAACGUUGAACCAACAAAUGAAUAGACGUGGACUUCAAAAGAGAGUGAACAACGUGAUGGAUAGAACGCACAUUUAUGACCAGUCACCAGCUGUAAGAGAAAAUCAAUUUCUAGAGCUAAGAAACGGUAUUAGAAAUCGAAAUUCCGUUGAAGAGGAUGUUGCAAAUAUGCGACACGUUAAUAUUGCUGCUACUGUUAACGAAACUAAAGAAGUUGCUGAUCAAAUUCUCAAUAGAAUUGUCGACGAAUUAGAAGAAAUUAAAAUGGGUAAUACGAAAGAUCAAAGUCACAACGAAGGUUUACCGUGCAAACUUACAGGAUCGUGGGUGACAAAUAAAGCUGGAGUGAGAUUAGAUAUGAAAGUUUUCAAUCAAAGUAUAAUAGUAACUUUGGCAAAUCUUAUACCUCAACCUAUACAUGUAGGACUUUUAAACACGACAUGGAACGUAACAGGAUAUGCGCCAUUCAGACUUGGUGGACCUUUUUCUUUACUCGCUUAUGACAAUCAUACCAAAACUUUGGCUAUUUUUGUUGGUUCUUGCAAAGUAUGCCAAGGAAUCGAUACGAUCCAGGGUGUUUGGUCAGUCUCACAUGAACCAAGAGAUUGUCGAAAUUUUCAAAUGGCUAUUGGAAUAUUUAACGACAUAUUCCGAAGAACUAAACUUCUUACAGCGAUACAGGAAAAGAAGAAGGCUAUUCUACAAAGUUUAAUAAGAAACAAUACCAAUACAACUUUAGAUAAUGUUACUCCAAAAAUCGAGAGCGAAAAAAACAAUACAUAAAAAUAUGAUUAUUCAUAUACAUUAUUAUAUUAUAUAUAUAUAUAUACUAUGUUGUAAAGAUUUGUAAUAAAUCAUUU